AUGGACGACGCGUCAGUCCCCUCGCUGUCCGAGGGUUAUCCCAUUGUGUCAGAAGACGAACACACACCUCAAAACGGACCCCCCAGCACAGACUCAAGUGCUGCCGUUGUCGCCAGCGUCGGGCCGCAAGAGCCUGACCUAGCAGAUAGCUCUCAGCAGCUGGUUGAAUUGGGAGGCACGAUUCCCGACCCAUCAAACAUUUUCGAUAGUCCUUGGAAAGACUCAUACAGCAUGGAUCGGUCCUUUCCUGAGCUAAACGACCACUUCCCCAUAUCGUCAUUCCAGGCUCCGGGGGGUCAGCGUCUCCUGCAUCCCACCUUUGAAGACCUCCUCAACCCAACAACGACAUACAUCUCACCACCAUCUGAUUUCUUUUCUUUCCACGUGCCGGUACCACCUUCUGGCCAAAUUGAGGCUGGCGCCGCGACAACUACAGGGCUCGUCGACCUGGACGGGGAGCUAGAGGACUUUGGUCAUGUUGAGAGGCUCUCGGACGAAAGUUACGAAAACCUGACUCUUUGGGUCGAGAUGGUGGGCCUCACGUGGGUGCAUGGGACCAGCUCGCUCUCCGUCGAACCCAUCAAACUCCCUCCUCUGAAGGAGCUCAACUCUUUCACCCAACUGUAUUUCGAAUAUUUCCACAACAAGCUCCCUAUCAUUCAUCGCCCGACCUUUGACCCUCGGACUUCUCCAGCGCUAUUGGUGUUGGCAAUUGCGAGUAUUGGGCGUCGCUUUUCCAGCCUGCCUGUGGCAGGCAAUGCAUCGAACGAACUGGGUUUGGACAGGUUCAUUCAUCAGGCUGCAUUGCGCCAUGUUGAGGACUUUGAGAACAGUGAGACAAUCCCGGUGUGGCUCGCACAAGCGGUCCUUCUGUCACAACUCGGCAUGUACUUCACAAACAACAGAAACGAAAUCGAAAAGACCUUGGCCAACCGUGGUGUUCUCAGCGCUAUUUUCCCGAAGAUCGAUCUUUCCUUGGCAGCGACUAUGUCAACUAUGUCUGAGCACGGGGAGUGCUUGGACGACCAAGCGCUUUGGAAGAACUGGAGUCACUGCGAGACUCUUCAGCGCACAGCCUAUGGAAUAUGGCUCCUCGACAGCCAGUGCUGUUUAUUCUUUAACGUCACGCCAGUUGUGCCCACAGAGGCCUUACAGAUCGCCCUCCCCUGCCACGAAAGUUUGUGGGAAAAGUCAUCUGCCGCAACUUGGAAACAGCGCUGGCCUGGAACAAAGAAGAUACCCACGCUCAGAGAAGAGAUGCAAUCGUUGUACCGGCUCAACACCAUCUCUGAAGACAUUGGUGCCUUUUCAUUUCUAAUCAUCCUCUUCGGCUACUUUCGUGACUGUCUAUUCCUGAAGCAAACCGAAGACAUGGGCCUAUCGGCGUUGCUCAACAUGCACGGUGAACCAAUUACGUGGGGGAGGAGACAUCAUCCCGAUGUAUGGAGACUCUUAGAUCCGACCUCGCGGCCCCGAUCCAACGACUUCGACCUAAUCACAGCCCAGUACUAUCACAUGAUCCGAAUCGUUUUACAUAUUCCCUUAAAGGACUUAAUGGCAUUUUCCGGAUGGAGAGUAACGCGACAGGUGCAGCUGGAGACAAGGCGGAUGCUGGCAUCUUGGGUUUCCGAACACAGCGAUUGCGCCAGGGAGGUAGCUCUGCAUGCUGGGGCGCUUUUCCGACAGUGCCGUUGCCACCCCACCUCUGGCUAUCAAGAACCUGUCGCAAUCCUCGUCGCAACCUUGGCGCUCUGGGUUUAUAACAGCUCUCUGCCAAGUUGCGUCUUGCAGAACAAAGGGAACCAUGGGGAGCAGCAGAGGACACCAACUUUUCGUCUCGACAACGAAACUGACAAGGAUAAGAUCCUGCAUUGGGUUCGCAACGGGGAGCAGAUGCGCCCGUUUAUUGUGGGAAUCGGAAACAUUCAUGCUUCUAGAGGCUACAGCAAGGUUGUGUCAGUCGGGACCAACUUUCUUGCUCAGCUGAAACAGUGGCGGAUCAGCGAGCUAUACCGCACCGUCUGCGAGGAAGUGUUGGCAUCAUUUGAGUGGUGA